CAGAUCAGCGCCGAUGACAGUUAUUCAAAUUUUUCAAAGCUUCCAUUGGCAAGAAUCAAGAAGAUAAUGAAAUGCUCCCCACAAGUGCAGAUGGUUGCAGGAGAGUCUCCCAUUGUCCUGGCUCACACCUGUGAACUCUUCAUCAAAGAAAUCACAAGCGCGGCUUGGAGUCAUUGUACCGCACAGGGCAGAAGGAUGAUCUUGGAAUCAGAUCUCAGGGCUGGCUUG